AUGGUAUUGAUCGUCUUAUUACAUGUACUCAAUUUGAUCAAUAUGUCUCGUGCUAAAGAUCUUUAUAGCGCAGUGAAGAGAAACCAAUGGAUGAUAGAGAAAGGUAAAACUGUUGAUGCGGUGGCUUUUGGAUAUUAUGAAGACACUCAUAUGACAAAAGGGUGGGGAUUUCUCACUGUCGAAACGAAUAAAAAGAGUCCUUCCGAGCAACAAGCCUUUGCUGCUGGGUUUCUUGAAGGAUUUCUUACUAAACAUCUUCUUCAAAACUUUUGGGACAAUUAUCGACUUAAUGAAUAUGGCAAAUUAGGACCACCCCGUCAAUUAACCAAUUUUAUGGCAAAACAAUAUUUGUGGUGGGCGGAGCAAUGUAAGACCAACAAGACUGAAUAUUGGAAGAAUCAAAAUUUAAUAUUUAGACAAUUUCGAGGGUUGGUCUCUGGAUAUAACAAAUAUAAUAAUAAGGACAAGAAGUUAAGUGUGUUGGAGAUAUACUUUAUUAACGCUAUGGGAGACUUAAGCACACUCAAUAAAUUGGUCCCACACGACUCUUUACCAAAGUACUCGAUGAUCAAUCUGGAGAAAUUGAAUGCACACGAGAUAUUCCACGAAUGCACUGGCUUCAUUCGAAUACUUCCACACAACAAAGACAUAGUCUUGGCACAUAAUACGUGGAGACCUUAUUAUGCGAUGUCCAGGAUAUACAAAACAUAUGUAUUGGCUUACACCCGCAACGCUCGACCUAUCACCUUUCCUUCAAGUCCGGGAUUUCUUCACUCGAAGGAUGACUUCUAUACUCUCAAGUCAAAGAGAACCCAUUUUGGUGUUAUAGAAACAACUAACUCCGUGUUUAAUACUUCGAUCUUCAAAGGAAAUAUCACCUUCACUUCACUGUUUACGUGGCAGAGAAUCAUGUCGGCAAUUUACUUUGCUAAAACAGCGCAACGUGUGUUACACGCGUUUUCUCAGUAUAACAGCGGGACUUAUAACAACCAGUGGAUGGUCUUGGAUUACACAAAAUUCACAGAUACUGGUAAACUCCCACAGAAAGACUUGUUACUGAUUGCAGAGCAAAUUCCGGGGAGAGUCGAGAUCCAAGACGUCACUUCUGUUUUAAUAAAACAGGGGUAUUGGGCGUCAUAUAACUCGCCAUAUUCUAAGACAAUAAGAGACAUUUCUGGUUAUACAGAACGAGAGAAAGACUACGGGGAAAGGUACUCAUACACCAAAUCACCUCGACGGAGGAUCUUUGAUCGGGACGCAAAACAUAUCAACACACUCGACCAAAUCAAGAAGUUCAUGUUACUCAAUAAAUUUAAGACGGACCCACUCACUGAAGGUAAACCAGGCGCAACUAUCGCGGCAAGAUAUGACUUGGACGAGAAUCGACCAAGUCCAUUCGGAGCAGUCGACUGCAAAAUCAAUUCAAAAACGAUGGGAUUGGACGCUUGGAUCUAUGGAGCUCCGUCACACGAAGACAACCAACCAUUUGUGUGGAGCGACAGUGUAUUCACAGACGUCGUACACAAAGGAUUACCCGACAAGUACGACUUUGGGUGGAUUCUUGCGAAGCAAUGA